AUGGGUUUUUCGUUGAGGAGACCCGACGAUACGGCGGGAUCCGCGGCCCCUGCUAUUGCCAUUGGCUUCUUUGUGGCCUUUGGUGGUGUGUUGUUUGGAUAUGACACCGGUACCAUCAGCGGCAUUCUGGCCAUGAAAUACUGGCGCCAGCUCUUCUCGACCGGUUAUAUCAACCCCGACGACAAUUUCGCCGACGUGACCUCUUCACAGUCAUCCAUGAUUGUGUCGCUGCUGUCCGCCGGUACCUUCUUUGGCGCCUUGAAUUCCGCCCCGGUCGCCGACUACUUCGGUCGGCGUAUUGCCAUGAUCAUCGAGUCGUUCGUCUUUUGCUUUGGCGUGAUCCUCCAGGUGGCUGCCACGUCGAUCCCGCUGUUUGUUGCGGGGAGAUUCUUCGCCGGGUAUGGAGUUGGUCUUCUGUCUGCAACUAUCCCUCUCUACCAAUCCGAAACGGCCCCCAAGUGGAUUCGCGGUGCCAUCGUCGGUGCAUACCAAUUGGCCAUCACUAUCGGGCUGCUGCUCGCUGCCAUUGUGAACAAUUCCACCAAGGAUCGCAUGGAUACUGGCUCCUACAGAAUCCCCAUCGCUAUCCAGUUCGCGUGGGCCAUCAUUCUCGUCGUCGGAAUGCUCAUGCUGCCUGAGACGCCCCGGUUCCUGAUCAAGAAGGACCGCCAUGAGGCUGCCCUGAAGGCCCUCGCGAGACUUCGCCGGGUGGACGUCAAUGAUGCGUCCGUCGUUCAGGAACUAGCUGAAAUUCAGGCGAACCAUGAGUACGAGAUGAGCGUGGGUAAGGCCGGAUAUCUGGAAAUCGUCCGCGGGUCUAUUGGAAAGCGGUUGGCGACCGGCUGUGCUGUUCAGGCAUUGCAGCAGUUGGCCGGUGUGAACUUUAUCUUCUACUACGGAACGACGUUCUUCGAACACUCCGGUAUCAAGGAUGGCUUUAUUAUCACCCUGAUCACUAACAUCGUCAACGUUGUGUCUACCUUCCCCGGUCUCUACAUCGUCGAGAGAUGGGGUCGUCGGCCCCUUCUUCUAGCCGGCGCUAUCGGCAUGUUUGUCUGCCAGCUCAUCGUCGCCAUCGUCGGCAUGGUGGCCACGUCCGACGUUGCCAACAAGGUGUUGAUCGCGUUCGUGUGCAUCUACAUCUUCUUCUUCGCCAGCUCCUGGGGUCCCGCGGCGUGGGUGGUGACGGGCGAACUGUUCCCGCUCAAGGCCCGUGCCAAGUGUCUCUCCAUCACUACUGCUACCAACUGGCUCCUCAACUGGGCCAUCGCGUACGCCACCCCUUACAUGGUCAACGCAGGCCCCGGCAACGCCAACCUGCAGUCGAAGGUUUUCUUCAUCUGGAGCGGCUUCUGCCUCCUUGCCGCCGUCUUCGUCUACACGUGCAUCUACGAGACCAAGGGGCUUAGUCUGGAGCAGGUCGACGAGCUCUACUCCAAGGUCUCGUCGGCGUGGCGCUCGCCGGGCUUCCGGCCUUCGGUCAACUACACCGAUGUACAAGACAUCGUGUCAGGAAGCUCGGGACCGGGGUCAACUCUGACUGAGUUGGAGGCUGAUGCUCAGGUGAAGCGGGAAUCGCAGCACAUUGAGAAGGCGUAG